AGUUAAAAAAAAAGAAUGAUUGAACUAUAUAGUUAUGUAGUACCAGUGACUACAAUAGUCAAUGUAAGUACUACAAAUAUAAUGGCGACACCCACUAAUGGAAAUGGUAAUCUCGUCGAUGAAUUUGAAGAAGCAUUCCAGCAAUGUUUAAGUAUAUUAAUAACAAAAGACGAAGGGUUAGGAAACAAUGGGAUUGGGGUAACUGGUGGUUUGAUUGUGGAUAAAGAAGAAGCUCGUAGUGAAGUUGAACAAGUUACGUUAAGAUUUAUAGACCUGGCCAGACAAAUGGAAGCUUUCUUUCUGCAAAAAAGAUUUUUAUUAUCUGCACUGAAACCAGAAUUGGUAGUGAAAGAGGAUAUCAGUGAUCUUAGAGUAGAAUUAGCACGUAAAGAAGAUCUUAUCAAAAGGCAUUAUGAUAAAAUCACAGUAUGGCAGAAUUUAUUAGCAGAUUUGCAAGGUUGGGCAAAAUCUCCUGCUCAAGGUCCUGCACCUAAUGGUUUGCCAAAUGGAACUCAGAGUGGACAAAAUCAACAAACUACAAAUGGAGGUGGAAAUGCAACAAUACAACAACAACAACAAAUGUUGCAGCAUCAACAGCAGCUCCAACAACAACAGCAGUUACAACAUCAAAUGCAACAUCAAAUGCAACAGCAACAACUUCAUCAGCAACAGGUGCAGCAAGGAUCUGGUGCUCCUCCUACAUCGGGUCUUCAAGGAGUUGGAGUUUCAGUUGGACAACAAGGAAUGUUCAUGACACAAGGUGUAACUGGAGCAAGAGCUGGAUUUCCUGUUGGAGGUGUAGGAAGCAGUGCUCUUCAGGGUCCACUUGCUUUUUUGGAAAAGACAACGAGCAACAUAGGAAUGCCCGAAAGGCGGAGUUGACGCGCAAGGGGGAGGGGCCGAGGCCGGGGUCGAGGAAAAGGCCGAGGAAGAGGACGAGGCGGAGGAGGAAAUUUACCUCCGCCACCACCACUUCUCGAUACUUCGGACCCGUCAUCGUAUGCUGCUGCUGCCGCAGUUGCAGCUGCUGCGGCAGCGCCCCUUCCCUCUCCACAGCAGCAGCCUCCACCGUCUUGUACAUGAAUACAUUUGCUACGAUUAAUUUUUUAUUGUAAGAAAUCAUUCCUAUGUCUAAGGCAUAACUUACAGGUAUUGAGAUAUUUAGUUGAUUUAAUGUUAAAACUGUAUUACAGUGAUUUUAUAUUAGGUUUAUAAAAAUACGCACGAAGCAUAUCGUUAUUUUGAAUAAUCAGGGAUUCAUUUAAAAAUGAAUAAUUAAAUGAUGUCAUUAUUUAAUCGUUUCAAUUAUAAAUAAUGAAUAUAUAGCAUUACAUAAGUUUCAUUAUAAAAAUAUUUUUUAUUCGUAAUUUAUAAACUGCACUUUUUUUAGUUUAAUAAAUUGUUAUAUUUUCCAUAUUGUAAGAAUUUAGAAAUGGAAUGACCGGUAUGUUUUUUUGAACUGUUCAAGAGGAUGUCAGUAAAAAUUGUACAUAACACAACUGUGUGGUAAAUUACUAACAUAAAUUUCACAUGUACAUAGAAUUAGAGACACAGUUUUUUCAUACAAUAAAUCAUGUUGUAUUUUAUUAUAUUAAGUUCGAAUAGUUGUUAGCACUUUUACAAGGUGUAAUAUUUUACACAGUAUUGAUUGAAGCUUUCGGAUGUAUUUUAGACAACACAAAUAAAGUAUAAAUUGCCCAAUUAAUAAUA